AACACUAAAAUAAAAAUAGAAAGAAGAAAGAGAAAGAAAAACACAAAGAAGGUGAAAAGAAAAACCCCCGGCGAGUGAAGACACGAUCCACAACUUUUGCUGCUGACUUCUCUCUCUCUCUCUCUCUAUAUAUAUCACUCUCUCUAUAUAUAUUAUAUAUAUAUAUAUCACGUACAAUCAUUCAAUCAAUCAUUGGUGGUCAAGUGCUAGAUAUAGAGAAAAUGGAUAACUCGGAGCUAAUAAGAGAAGCAGUAGAGAGAGCAGAGUUAGUGGAUGCUCACGCUCAUAACAUAGUUGCAAUCGAUUCAUCACUUCCAUUCAUCUCUUGUUUCUCUGAAGCUUCUGGCAAAGCCUUAUCUCAAGUUUCCUCCACUCUUAGCUUCAAGAGAAGUCUGAGGGAUGUUGCUGAAUUAUAUGGCUCUGAGUCAACUCUUCAAGGAGUCCAAGAAUAUAGAGGAUCCUCAGGUAUCAAAACAAUCAGCAAAGUGUGCUUCAAAGCUGCAGGAAUCUCUACUGUACUAAUAGAUGAUGGAUUUAUUCUUGAUAAGAUGCUUAGUAUUGAGAAGCAUAGAGAUUUCGUGCCAUUUGUUGGUAGAAUACUCAGAAUUGAGCGUCUAGCUGAGGAAAUUCUUGAUGAAGGAAUAUUAAGUGGGAAGUGUUGGACACUAGAUACAUUUACCGAUAAUUUCUUAGGAAGAUUAAAGUCAUUUUCUGUUGAAGUUGGUACAACAGAUGUCCCCAAAGUGGUUGGUCUAAAAAGCAUAGCUGCAUAUCGAAGUGGCCUUGAAAUCAAUACAAAUGUCACCAUGAAAGAUGCUGAGGACGGUCUUGCUGAAGUUCUGCAAGCUGGAUAUCCUGUUCGUAUCUCAAACAAGAAUCUUGUUGAUUAUAUCUUCGUGCAUAGUUUGGAUGUGGCUAUGAGUUUUGAUUGGCCGAUGCAGAUACAUACAGGCUUUGGAGACAAAGAUCUGGAUUUGAGGCUGGCUAAUCCCCUUCAUCUCCGUAAUCUUCUUGAAGACAAGAGAUUCUUGGACUGUCAAAUAGUCCUUUUACAUGCAUCUUACCCUUUUUCAAGGGAAGCAUCGUAUUUGGCAUCCGUUUAUCACCAGGUGUACCUUGAUUUUGGUUUAGCUAUUCCUAAGCUCAGUGUCCAUGGCAUGAUAUCAUCAGUCAAAGAACUUUUGGAGCUUGCACCAAUAAAGAAGGUGAUGUUCAGCACUGAUGGAUGUAGAUUUCCUGAAACAUUUUACUUAGGUGCAAAGAGAGCACGAGAUGUUGUUUUCUCAGUUCUACGUGAUGCAUGUAAUGAGGGUGAUCUUUCAAUAUCUGAAGCUCUUGAAGCUGUCACCGACAUCUUUACCGAUAAUGCAAAAUUGUUGUACAAAAUUGAUGGCUCUUUGACAUCUAGAUGUGUUUCUGAUAAGUUUCCAAAGUUGGAUAAUCGUCUAAAGGAGUUCAACUCUACAAAACAAGAUGUCACGCUUGUUCGUGUUUUAUGGGUAGAUGCAUCUGGACAACAUAGGUGCCGUGUUGUCCCACAACAACGCUUUGAUACAUUUGUGAAGGAGAAUGGGUUAGGUCUAACCUGUGCCUCGAUGGGAAUGAGUUCAGCAAUGGAUGGUCCAGCUGAUGAAACCAAUCUGACAGGAACUGGUGAGAUCAGACUCAUACCAGAUUUAUCAACCAGAUGCAAAAUACCAUGGUUGAUGCAGGAAGAGAUGGUUUUAGCCGAUAUGUACAUAAAACCUGGUCAAGUGUGGGAAUACUGCCCGAGAGAAACUCUAAGAAGAGUUUCAAAAGUUCUGAAAGAACAAUUUAACCUGGUAAUGAAUGCUGGCUUUGAAAAUGAGUUCUAUCUAUUAAAGAGUCAGUUAAGGGAUGGUCGAGAAGAAUGGGUCCCAUUUGACACAUCGCGUUACUGCUCGACAGCUGCUUUUGAUGCUGCUUCACCUGUGUUACAUGAAGUUGUUAAAUCACUACAGUUUUUGAAUAUUGAUGUAGAACAGCUACAUGCAGAGGCUGGUAGUGGUCAGUUUGAAAUUGCAUUGCGUUACACAACUUGUACCAAUGCUGCAGAUAACUUGAUAUAUGCCCGUGAAGCUAUUAGAUCUGUUGCAAGGAAACAUGGGUUGCUAGCCACUUUUAUGCCAAAGUAUGCCUUGGAUGACAUCGGAUCUGGUUCACAUGUGCAUAUUAGUUUGUCCCAAAAUGGGAAAAAUGUAUUUGCCGCAUCUGAUGGGUCGUCUCGCCAUGGAAUGUCCAAAAUUGGGGAAGAGUUCAUGGCUGGUGUUCUACACCAUCUUCCAUCACUUUUAGCUUUUACAGCACCAAUCCCAAACAGUUAUGAUCGUAUACAACCCAAUACCUGGAGUGGAGCAUACCUUUGCUGGGGUAAAGAAAACAGAGAAGCUCCUCUGAGAACAGCAUGUCCACCUGGCAUUGCCGAUGGCAUUGUAAGCAACUUCGAAAUUAAAGCAUUUGAUGGAUGUGCUAAUCCGUAUCUGGCGCUUGCUGCUAUUCUUGCUUCUGGAAUCGAUGGUCUUCGCAGACACCUUUCUCUCCCUGAUCCUAUUGAUGACAAUCCUGAUAUCCUACGUGACAAACUCCAAAGAUUGCCAGCCUCCCUUGCAGAAUCAGUUGUAGCUCUUGCAAAGGACACUGUGUUAGAGUCUUUGUUAGGAGAGAAAUUAUUAGUUGCUAUAAAAGGGGUUCGCAAGGCAGAAAUCAAACACUACUCUGAGAAUAAGGAUGCGUACAAGAAACUCAUACACCAGUACUAAUAUAUUCAUGUAGAAUGGUUGCCAAUUGCAGUUCUCAUGAUGAUUAGUUAGUGUCAUUAUGUUAGUUGUUGACUGUUUUAAUAACUUAAUGUUAGAACUUAUUGUUGGUUAGACAAAGCAAGUAAUUUCAUUAAUGUUUCUCAGAACCAAUUUCUAUUUCCUCUUGAUGAAUGAAGAGAAAGCAAAGCACUGAAUACUGAUCAUGAUUGCGCUGUGUCAGAAAUGGUCAUUAUGAGCCGCUUACAUUUCCUUGGUUCACUCCCUUGACUACAAAUAAGUAAUUUAUUAAGUAUGAUUGUAGUAACUAUUACCAGUAAUAAUAUAAAGUUUUGUACGUGA